AUGUUCAAGCGGCUCGUGCUGCGUCCGCUGGGCGCCGUGCGCUCCAUCUCGGCGCGCAAGCUGAGCGUCCCAGGCGCACAGUCGCUCGUCGGGGCCGUGGCUCGCCUGCCGUGUCUUCAAUGCGGCCACCAGACGGCGCUGUCGCUCUCGCGCUCCGCCGACAUGGGCGACGUGCUGGCCGGGCGCUCGGACUGCGGCAAGACGCGGCUGCCGCUCGCCUGCUCCAAGGAAUGCGCGGAGACGCUGGAGGAGACGAAACCCGAGGUCUUGGCGCUGUACGACAGCAUGGUGGAAGACGUCGAGUAUUCCGCCACGCCCGAAGCCUCGCAAUUGUUCACGCAAGUGCUGCAGUCGAGUCGACGGGAGAGCAGCGAGUGGGGAGGCGACCACCACCUGACGUCGUGGACGGACUACUUGAAGCUGUACAAGCCUGACGAACGCUGGCUGGGAGACGAGAGGGCGUUGAGGCUGCUUUCCUCGGCCUACUCGUACGUCAUGACUCUCAGCAGGUUCCUGCCGGAGUUGAUGCAGGCGGAGAAGGCAAAGUUCGAGUUGCAUGUGAUCGGAGCGCGCGCCGAGGCUACGAUGCCUCGGUAUCUGUGGGACGAGCUGUCGUUCUUCCAUCCUGGACAGCAGUUUGCUAUUAAGAUCGUUGGAGACCACGUGCCGGUGAUGUCGGCGCGGAAGAAAACACCGACGACCAGGGCGAACGAGAACGAAUUCGUCGAGCUGCAGUUGAUCAACGGGUUGUAUCACAAGAUCGAGACGAGGAAGCUGGGCACCCCGGACGCGUUCGUGCUGUACAAUCCCGGGAUUGGACACCCGCAUCUGCGUGAGAGUUGGGACCCUACUAUUCAGGCUGUGCUGGCCUCGUGCAAACCGGUGCUGAUCACGUCCUUCAGUCUCGAGGACCAGCAACGCGAUAUUGCAGCGCUUCAGGAUUUGGUCGCCAACAGCCCAAUUUUUAGCAAGCACGAGCUUCGAUUCCAAUGCCGUGCAAAGCAGAACUCGUUCCGUAGCCUCAAGUACCAAGUGGACCCUUCCAACGUGGGCACCCCUAUCCAGACGAAUAGCCGCGUCAUGGUGGUGCAGUUGGCACCAACUAUUGGAGACAAAUCAUCAACAUCGUGA